AUGCCUGUUUUUAAGCCAGAUAAGCAGCUAUGUCCCCCAGAGAAUGGUUCGGAUUUCGCUUUCCCUUUCGUUCCGUACGACAUCCAGCUGGAUUUUAUGAAAUCGCUCUAUACUGUGCUGCACAAUCGAGGGAUUGGUAUAUUCGAAAGCCCUACCGGUACUGGCAAAUCGUUAAGUCUUACCUGUGGGGCAUUAACUUGGCUAAAGGACUACGACCGGCUAGUAGUAAAGGAGUUGGGUGCUAGCAUAGAGCGACUACGUAUCGAGAUUGCCCGCUUGGAGAAAGAGAAUGAGGUUUCUAAUGAUUGGAUCACGGGACAAUACAACGCCAUGGGUCAGCGUGAAGAAUUAGGAGAGUUAAACAACGUCAAGGCAUCACUGGAAGAUUUUCAAAAGUACUUACUUAAAAUGAAAGAUAACGCUGUUCUGGAGAAAAUGCACUGGAUGCGCCCCAAGGACAACGCUUUGAAAGAGGAACCGCUCCACCGGGACGUUACAAUCGACGAGGACGAGUAUUUAAUUCCCGAAUCCAGUGACAACAGCGACGAAGAACUGGAAGCGAAUCGUCCUCUAGAAGCUGACUCUAAUCGCUACCAACCUACUCAAAUAAUAUUCUGCAGUCGUACGCAUUCACAGCUUGCCCAGGUGGUAGGCGAAGUGAAAGAAACGCAGCACGCUCGGGAUUUGCGGCUCAUGUCCCUAGCAUCUCGUCAGAGCCUUUGCAUCAAUCCGGAUGUUCAAAAAUUAAAAACAAAUACAUUGAUUAAUGAACGGUGUUUGGAAUUGCAGAAAAACGGAAGCAAGAAUAAAGCAAGCACAUCUGAUGGUAAUAGUAAGAAACGGCGAAAGCUGAUACAAUCUUGCCCGUACUAUAAUCAACGUGCCAUAGAAGGACUGAAAAAUGCAACCGUCUUCGAAGUUCCGGACAUUGAGGAUAUGGUUAAGGGUGGAAAACGAGUGAAAGCUUGUCCUUACUACGCCUCACGUGCUGCUAUUCCCGAUGCACAAGUAUUGAUGGUACCGUAUCAGAUGAUUUUGCACCGUCGUACACGGCAACAGUCUGGUAUUAUACUGAAGGAUUCCAUUUUGAUCAUCGACGAGGCACACAACCUGUUAGACACAAUAUCGGCCAUUUACAGUCAAGAGAUACGGCUCCAACAGUUGAGCCAGGCAAAAUUGCAACUGUCCGCCUACAAGGCGCGUUAUUUUUCUCGAUUUACCACGAAAAAUUUACUUCGUAUUAAUCAGCUGAUUUUUAUCGCUACUCGUCUGGCAAAACUGUUAUCCAACGACGAUAAACCAUCCAGCACGGCACGAUCUUCGCGAAUACUUCCUACGCAGGACCUUUUACUGGAGGGAGAUAUAUUCAAUUUGAAUCUUUCCGAAAUUCUUGCGUUUUGCGAACGUACGCGUAUAGCACAAAAGGUGCACGGGUUCGCCCAGAGCUCUCCGCCUGAACUGCUCAACCAAAAUGCUGCGUCCGUUCGACCGAAGGUCGGUAUGUCGUCAAAAAGUGCAACCAGCGGUUUGAAGUCGCUCCUCAAAACUCUAGAAGAUGAUAGUAAACGCAAGAAACAAAAGAAGGGCCGAACAGGUGCGAAACAAGCUGUAGAGGAAGUUGCCGAAAGUAGCCAGGAAAAUGACACCCAGACCCAAUCGCAACAACCCACGGUUAACGUGAUUCGUCCUUUGCUUAAUUUUAUCGAAAGUCUUACAGACGAUUGGGGUGAUGAUAGUCGAGUGCUGUUUUCGUUUAACGAAAAGGAUGCUUCGCAAUCAAGCAUGAAGUAUCUGCUACUAAAUCCGGGUUCUCGAUUCCAGGAAAUCAUUCAAAGUUGUCGAUCGGUUAUUUUAGCAGGAGGGACAAUGCAACCGGUAGAAGAGCUUACGACACAGACAUUCCACGACUAUCAGGACCGAAUAACAAUAAAAAGCUAUCCGCAUGUGGUUCCGAAAGAUGCCGUCUUUCCAAUCGCCCUUGCUCGUGGACCGACGGGAAAGGAAUUUUUGUUCAACUAUAGCAAUAGACAGAAUCCAGAGCUGUUGCUCGAACUUCAGUCUACGCUGCUCAACAUCUGCCAGGUUGUUCCAAACGGUGUGGUGGUGUUCUUCAGUUCGUACGAUUAUCUCGAGGUGUUUUACCGAAAACUGGAAGAUUCGGGCAAUCGGGCCCGGUUGGAAGAACGCAAAAAAAUCUUUCGUGAACCACGAACAUCAGGAUCGGUUGAACGUACUUUGGUAGAAUAUGGACGUGCAGCCAGGUCCUCCACCGGGGCCGUUAUGUUGAGCGUCGUAGGCGGGAAGCUGAGUGAGGGUUUAAACUUUUCCGACGAGCUCGGUCGAUGCGUGGUGGUCGUUGGGUUGCCGUAUCCAAAUCGCACCAGUCCGGAGCUAACCGAACGGAUGCGGUACCUUGAUAAAAGUCUUGCGAUGCAAGUUACGACCGGGACGUCGGCCGGAAGUGAGUACUACGAAAAUUUGUGCAUGAAGGCUGUUAAUCAAUGCAUCGGCCGAGCCGUGCGCCACAUCAAGGACUAUGCCGGCGUAAUCCUGCUCGACACACGUUACUGCACGAGUGAGCGCAUUCGCCGGAAGCUGCCGGCAUGGAUUUCGGAACAGAUGCAAUGCGUAGACCGGUAUGGACAAGCUCAUGGAAAAUUGGUGAAGUUUUUCCGCGAGCAUAAAACGAUACGCGAAGUCGAAACGACUGAACCUCAAUAA